CUGAAGUGGCCUUGGCCUGUCAAUCAUGAUCUCGCGCGCGCUCAUGAUUCAAACAAGGACGUGUUGUCGAAUCAAAAGCAUUUCAAACCUGAUGACCGAGACAAAGUGAAGUGGAAGGGAAGCGCCUGUGGGAUCCGACACAUCAUCAUCUCGAGACAGAGAGACGUACUCUUCCUCCUGAUCUCAGUGCGGAAACACGGAAAUCAGCCUGUUCUCUUCUGGUCUGGCUGUUAAGAGAAGAAGAAGAAGCAAGCAGGAGGAAUUACUCCAGGAGAAACUACAGACAUAUUAUUGUAAAGAUGGAGAUUAAGGAAGAACCCUGCAGAAUAAAAGAUGAAGAUACAGAGGAGCAAAUAGGAGAAGCAGCUACAAACUACGGACAUACUAUUGUAAAGAUGGAGAUUAAGGAAGAACCCUGCAGAAUAAAAGAUGAAGAUACAGAGGAACAAAUAGGAGAAGCAGCUACAAACUACGGACAUACUAUUGUAAAGAUGGAGAUUAAGGAAGAACCCUGCAGAUUAAAAGAUGAAGAUACAGAGGAACAAAUAGGAGAAGCAGCUACAAACUACGGACUUACUAUUGUAAAGAUGGAGAUUAAGGAAGAACCCUGCAGAAUAAAAGAUGAAGAUACAGAGGAACAAAUAGGAGAAGAAGCAAGCAGGAGGAAUUACUCCAGGAGAAACUACAGACGUAUUAUUGUAAAGAUGGAGAUUAAGGAAGAACCCUGCAGAAUAAAAGAUGAAGAUACAGAGGAACAAAUAGGAGAAGCAGCUAUAAACUACGGACAUACUAUUGUAAAGAUGGAGAUUAAGGAAGAACCCUGCAGAUUAAAAGAUGAAGAUACAGAGGAGCAAAUAGACUCGACGGAAGUAAAAGCAGACAAACGGCAACAGUUUCAAAAACCUCAACAACUAAAAAAUGGAAAUGCUGCCAAUUUACAGACUGAAGCGAACCGCAAACAAAAACUAGCUGAAAAGAACAGCAAACACAAACUAAUUAAAGGGAACAGCAAACAAAAACAAAAACUAGCUGAAGAGAAGCGCAAACACAAACUAGCUGAAGAGAAGCGCAAACACAAACUAGCUGAAGAGAAGCGCAAACAAAAACAAAAACUAGCUGAAGAGAAGCGCAAACAAAAACAAAAGCUAGCUGAAGAGAAGCGCAAACAAAAACUAGCUGAAGAGAAGCGCAAAAAAAAACAAAAACUUGCUGAAGAGAAGCGCAAACAAAAACAAAAACUUGCUGAAGAGAACAGUAAACAAAAACAAAAGCUAGCUGACGAGAACCGCAAACACAAACUAGCUAAAGAGAAGCGCAAACAAAAACGAGCUGAAGAGAAGCGCAAACAAAAACUAGCUGAAGAGAACAGCAUACACAAACUGGCUGAAGCGAACCGCAAACACAAACUAGCUGAAAAAGCUGUAUACAAAGGACCUUUUCCUUGCUCUCAGUGUGGAAGGACGUUCAUGCGUAAAAGAAACUUAAAUGAACACAUGAGGAUUCACACUGGAGAAAAUCUGUUCUCGUGCUCUCAGUGUGAGAGGAGUUUCGCUCUGAUAGGACACUUAAACGUGCACAUGAGAUUUCACACCGAAGGAGAAUCGUUCACCUGCUCUGAGUGUGGGAAGAGUUUCAUGAAGGAAAUAAGCUUACGUUUGCACAUGAAAUCUCACACUGGAGAAAUAUUCACAUGCACUCAGUGUGGAAAGAGUUUCCCAUCCCAAAACAAGCUCAAAGCUCAUUCAAUCUUUCACGCCGAAGUGAAGCCGUUUAGCUGUGAUCAGUGCGAUAAAACAUUUUUUGUUAAAUCAGGCUUAAAAUCACACCUUAAAGUUCAUUCUGGUGUGAGGCCUUACCUUUGUUCUGUAUGUGGAAAGAGUUUUCCACAUCUGCCUUAUUUUCGAUCGCAUAUGAAUUUUCAUAAUGGUGUGAAACCUCAUUUGUGCUCUUACUGCGGGAAGACCUUCACUUUGUCCAGCGACUUGAAAAAACACCAGAGGAUUCACACUGGAGAGAAACCGUACAAGUGUUCACACUGUGAAAAGUGUUUCUCUCAGAUAGGAGCCGUGAAAUCUCAUGAGAGAACUCAUACUGGAGAGAAAUUGAAGCGAAAUAUUCAUAAGAAAAAGCGUUGCCUGAAGUUGUCUAGUAAAAAAAGAACUUGUUCAGAUCCGUCGCUUUCAAGCAAGUAGAGUUUGAUAUUCUGAUAAAGCAAAAUAUGGUAUUCUUGCAGCAACAGCAUCUGACGGAGAAAUCUGUGUGUUCAAUUCAGGGAAAAUUGUUUAAAGUUGUAAAUUGUGAGGAGGUCAAAAUGCCUCAAUUUAAUAGCAAUGCUUUAGUUUCUGUUGGGGAGUAAAUGUAGUAAAACUAACUGAAUGGUCAUCAGUCUGUUAAAUCUCCACCCACAUGCUGAACGUGUUUAGUUGUUUUAGUCUUUUAGUUUAUUGAUUUAAUGAACAAAUUUCUUCAGGCAACUAAUCAGAGUUUUGAUUGCAGCUAUGCAUUGUAAUGAAUUAGCUCUGCUUUAAUAAAUCACUGUUUUUUUUAAACUAAAAAAGUGCAAUUUUCUUCUUUCACAAAAAAAAAACAGUACAAAUUUUAUUUUGUCAGUGGAAAGCUGAUAUAUAGUUAAAAUAUAAGAAAGAUCUUCAUUACAAGGUCUUGUAACAAUGUGGUAAAAAAAACAAUAAAAACUAAAGAUUAAUUCACUGAAUAAUUCAUUAAAAAAAUCAAAUACAUAAUAAAAAUCAAUACGAAUGUCAUACAGGAAAAUAUUUCAAAGGGGUUUUACACUAAUUUGCUGGCAACUGUUUUAUUUUUUUUAGUAGUAUUUCAUAUUGUGGUAUUUCAGCGUUGAUCCGCUCAGACGUGUUAAAAUAUUUAUCUGAUACAAGUAAAAACUACUAAUCAUGGGCAUGCAUCUCUGUAUUCAUCAAAUGAGUAUAUAUAUUGAUUUUAAUAUUUUAUCUCAUUAGUAUAAAUAGCAAAUUGUCCUUAAAAGAUAAAAGUGACUCUCAUAACAUUGUUCUUAUGAAUGUAAAAAUUAACGUGAAGCGAUAGAUGUGAUCUGACAUUAUGAGAUUCUGGCGCAUUAAAGUUCCAGUAUAAAUUACUGAUUUGUUUCAUAUUUUCUAUCUUGCAAGAGUUUCUUUAUGAAGUCAUGUUUAUAGUUAAUAUUACAGAUCAGAUGUUCCUCUAGAUGGCGCCAUUUAUUAAUAGGAAGAUGCGAGAAACAAUUAUUAAGGUAGAAGAAUGGGCGUAUUAGGGAUUCAACAGUGAUUAGUUGUUCCAGAAGAGAGUCUGAGUACGGAAGCCCUGAACCGCAACGCAAAAAAAAAAA